UGAGGAGGGACGAACAUUGGAACCAUUUUUGGGGAUCUGUCGUAACUCCCCAACGGCUGCAAAGCGGCAGGUUGCCGAUCCAGGGUUCCCUGGGCGCUGCUGCCGUGAGUCCUUGGACAGGUGUGGCCUUCCCUCCGCAGCCACCCUGGACGGAGGCAUGGGGCUGCUGCUGCCCAUGCAGGAGAAGACCUACCGGCGCCUCCUCAUGCUGCAGAACGCCCUGACCUCCAUGCUGCCCCACCACGCUGGCCUCAACCCCCGGGCCUUCAGGAUGCUGCACGUUGACCGACGCAUCCUGCAAAACGCCGUCCGUAACAUCCUCGACGGGGAGCUGCUCAACCGCUACCUCUACCUCAGCACCAUGGAGCGCAGCGAGCUGGCCAAGAAAAUCGGCACCACGCCGGACAUU